AUGCCAGCCAUUGUUACUUCCAACAGUAAUCUUUCCGGUAACCAGCAAGUGAUUGAUGAUUCAACUCGAACAAAUGAUACUACGAUGACUAAUAGUAGCAGUACUGUUGCAGCAAAAAAGGACUCAACUCGUAAAGAAUCACCCGUACGAGUGACGAUCACCAGUCAAUUGAAUCCUAAUGCAAUUCCAUUCUAUGCUCAACAUCCAAAAUUACCUGCGCUACAAAACCCUUCUUUCACGUUUUAUGAAAGACCGCGCUUUCGACCACGUCUACCAACAGUUGUCUCGCCGGAUCGUGCACAGACCGUACCAUAUGGAAGAAAUGUCGCGACUAACAACAAUCAACAGCGAAGACCACCGCAGCACCAACAACAACCGAACUCAUAUCAAAGAUUUGUUCCUUUACGUCAAAUGGCGAUCAAGAAAAAUGUGACACAAAACAGUUCACCGAGAACAAAUACAAGAUCAACUCGAGCACCACCACCUCCUAUUGCUAAAUAUCGUUUCCAUCCUACAAAUUCGCCGAAUAAGCAAGCCUAUCCUCAACAACAACAACAGCAACAACAGCAGAAACCGCCGAACAACAUCCACGGCCCAGAACUUAUGCGUCAAACAUCAUUACCACCGGAAAAUCAGCUACUUCUAAUACCAGCAGGUCAAUCAAAUCUUUUCCAACAACGUAAAAAUCCAAUUCACCAAUCUAACACAAGUAUUCAUUCAACUACCAGUUUACCUUAUCACUACGGUAGUUCAGUCGAUCAUAAUCAACGGCUAACACCCGUCUCAGUUGGAGAACCUAUCGGUUCACGCCGCUAUCAACGCACAUGCUCGAUGGCAAGUAGUUGUAGUAGUGUUAGCGUCGACAUUGGUCCUCACUCGAUCGUUCAAUUCGAUUCAUCAUCACCGAAAGUCCUGCCCUCAUUCGACGAGCAAUACGAUUUCGAAAAGGCUAACGAAGAAUUCCGUCGUUAUCUCGAAUUAGAAGAAUUAGUUACACGCCGUUCAUCAUCGCAUUGUUCAAUGGGCUCAUCAACGGAUAUCAACGCAAGCCAACAGCAAGCACAAGCACAUUCAUAUAAGAAGGAUAUUUCCUUUUUCGAUCAUAUUUCUUGUACGGCUACAACUGGCACCGCGGUAGGUUAUACGGAAAUGGAUGAAACAGAAAAAAAUCUCGAAACAUUCGGUGAUGACGCUCUUCUCCUAGCUUCGAAAUCUACUGAUAAUGAAUGGGAAAUAUAA